UGGAAGGAAACCCCGUGGACUGCAUUCAUUCGGACGGUCUGAGAGAAUCAGCUGUACCUUGGUACGCCGACAUCUGCCAUUACUCAGCGAGCAGUCAUGAGCGAGGCACCUCAGAAGGAACUGGUACAAAAGGCCAAGUUGGCCGAACAGGCUGAGCGUUACGACGACAUGGCCUCUGUGAUGAAAGCAGUGACAGAGGACAGUGAGCAGCUCUCAAAUGAGGAGCGCAACCUGCUGUCGGUGGCCUACAAGAACGUGGUGGGUGCCCGUCGCUCUUCCUGGCGUGUGGUGUCCAGCAUCGAGCAGAAAGCAGAGAACAGCGAAAGGAAGCAGGCCAUGGCCAAAGAGUACCGGGAAAAAAUUGAGAAAGAGCUGAAAGACAUCUGCAAUGACGUUCUGGGUCUUUUGGACAAGUAUCUUAUUCCCAAAGCAACUGCAGCAGAGAGCAAAGUCUUCUAUUUGAAAAUGAAGGGGGAUUACUACCGCUACUUGGCUGAGGUGGCUGCAGGAGAAGAAAAAAAAGCCAUUAUUACAGACUCGCAGGGCGCGUACAAACAGGCCUUCGAUAUCAGCAAAGAGGAAAUGCAGCCCACACACCCAAUCCGUCUCGGUCUCGCCCUUAAUUUCUCCGUCUUCUUCUACGAGAUCCUCAAUUCCCCUGAAGAAGCUUGCCAGCUGGCCAAACAGGCUUUUGAUGAUGCCAUCGCAGAGCUGGACACACUGAGUGAAGAAUCGUACAAAGACAGCACAUUAAUCAUGCAGCUAUUGAGAGACAACUUGACACUGUGGACUUCUGAUAACCAGGUUGAGGGAGAGGACACAGAGGAGGCCAGAGAUUGAGCCAGAUCCCCAUAGUCAUCCCUGUCUGCCUGCCAUCGUCCUGGGUCAUCUUCAUCAUAAUCAUCAACACUGCGACCACCUCAUUAUCGAGAUCCAACUCUGUCCACAUUUUUCUGGCUAGGUCUCUACUCGUCUCACUCCUUUCAGUUGACUAUUGUUUCCGUAGUAACUGUGGGGAAACGGGAUGGGCAGGGAGGAUAAGUUUUUACACUGUUCGUUGGGAGGGAUUAUGUGUGUUUGGGGUUGGAUUCUUGGCUGUUGACCUUUUCCUGAGUCGGAGCUGUAAUGGUGUUGCAUUGUUAAGGUGCAAAGUGAGAGGGUAAGUUCUCAACUUGUAAAACAUGUGCAAGUUUGAGUUUUUGGGGGCACAGUGGUGCUGUUUGAAAGUAACCUCAGCUUUUGAAGGCAUGUCCAUGUUUUUUUCAAACUGGCUCCUCACACCAGGCAAGACAUCAUCUAUUAGUCUCUACUAAAGGAGAGGUGAACAGUGGUGGUGUAAUGGGGAGAGCUGGAGAUGGAGGGCAAGAUUUUAUAAAGGUUACAUUCCAUUUACUGUCAUUUAUUCAACCUGCUACUUCAUGGUUUUGUUUUUUAUUUGCUUAGGGGGAGGGCGCUGCUUUUUCUAUAUAUCAGUUACGAGGUAUAGAAGAUUUUGAACAAAAGAGCACACAACCUUGUAUUGUUGCUUUUUUGUAUGAGCACUGCAGCAAGAAAAUGUGCAGUUACUGCUUCUUCAAAUUAGUUUUUUUUUCUUUAUUUUCCUCUUUAAUUCUCCAUGUUUCUUUGAAAACUUGCCUGACCUUUUGAUGGGUAGUUUCUGGACUAGUAAAGGUGGUUGUUGGACUGGGUAGCCUGGUUUGUCUUUUGAAUUUUCAUACUGAAAGCACAAGCAUAACUGUUGAGGGGACAUGUGUAAUUUCAUGUAAGUGGAAUAAAAAAGAAUGAACAAUU